UUGCAGUUGCUUAGAGCAGACGAAAGCGAUAGGAAUGAUCUUAGUUGUCCUAUUCUCUAUCGCGUUUUCACUCGGCCGUGAUGUAAACGCAUCAUCUCGCGUCGACGAUAUUAUUGUAAGAUUUAUCGUCAACGCAACGCCCGUCCUAUUCCCACCUUCGAGACUAUCUCUACAAUUAUGCAUCAGAUACGAUGAUACGAUUAAAUUAUCGAGAAUGCUAUCAAAGAAUCACUUGAUGCACAGUAUUCAUAAUUUUUAUCAAGAAUUCAAUCCAAGAAUUUACAAUAAUUUAGAACAUCGAAAUUUGUACGUGUUGGACUUGGAUUGCGAUUACGCCAGUGAUGUUUUACGACAGGCACAUUCGAAGAAAAUGUUCGUUGCUCCGACAAAAUGGUUGCUUCUUCAAAACAGAAAAACACUAACCAAUAACAAUGAUAAUGCCAAUUUAACUUCCACAUAUGAUGAUUCGAUUUUGGAAAUUUUCGAAGACUUAGCAGUCUAUCCCGAUAGCGACGUGCUUCUCGCAACAAGAUUUGACGGUGAUUUUCUCCGAUUAAUGUCCGUAUAUCGGCCAAGCCCGCAGCGAGGAGUAAUAUGGGAAGAUCGUGGAAAUUGGACGGCCGAAAAUGGUCUACAAAUGAAAACUUUUGAUGUGGCUUCAGCACGCAGAAGAAAUCUUCAACAAACAGUCCUUAAAUCUGCUAUCGUGAUAACAGAUCCCAACUCGAUCAAUCAUUUAACUGAUUUCAAAGAUAAAUCUAUAGAUGCUGUUGCGAAAGCUGGAUAUCCAUCUGUAAUGCAUUUAGUGAAUCGAAUGAAUGCAACGAUAAGUUUUGAAAUUACAAAUAGCUGGGGAUAUCGUAUUGAAAAUGGUUCUUGGAGCGGAAUGACAGGGAUGCUUGAACGACACGAAAUUGAUAUUGGCGGCACCGCUUCAUUUCUUGUACCAGAACGUCUCGGUGUUGUACAAUAUAUCCAAUUAUAUACGCACACUAACGCACGUUUUGUAUUUCGCCGACCAUUAUUGUCGAGUGUGCGCAAUAUAUUUAUCUUGCCCUUCCAACAAAAUGUCUGGAUAGCCAUUGCCGUAUUUCUCACUUUAAUUUUCUGUUUGCUCUACUUGUCUAUUAAAUGGGAAUAUUAUCAAAAUAGAAAUAAAACAAAAUCAGCAGAUUACUGGAAACAGCUAAAUCCCAGGGAGCAAACAGUCAGCGAUAACUUAUUUAUUCUUUUAGGCGCAUUUUCUCAACAAGGAUACGUAUAUGAACCGUAUAGAGUCUCGUCUCGAAUUGUCACUUUAAUGUUAUUAUUGGCUUCACUCAGUCUCUACGCGGCUUAUACAGCAAAUAUUGUAGGUCUGCUGCAAUCUACUACAGAUUCAAUCAAAACUCUUUCGGAUCUUUUUUACAGUCCGUUAAAACUGGGUGCGCAAGAUAUCGUGUACAAUCGAUAUUAUUUCAAGUUAUUUCAAGAUCCAGUUAGAAAAUCGAUUGUGGAACAGCGAAUCGAAUCAAAAGGACGCAAAUCUAAUUGGAUGUCCAUGGAAGAAGGUGUAAGUCGAAUAAAAAACGAACUCUUUGCGUUCCAUGGUGAAAUUGGUUCGAUGUAUCAGUUAAUGGAAGCUACAUACCAGGAGGAAGAAAAGUGCGGCCUGACUGAAAUCGAUUUUUUAAAAGUAACAGAACCGCUUCUCGUGAUACAAAUGCAAUCGCCUUAUUCAGAAAUAAUAAAAAAUGGAGCUUUGAAAUUGAGGGAAUAUGGGCUUAAAUAUCGCACGGAGUAUCGCUUGUAUACAAGAAAGCCCAUAUGUUCAAGUAAGACUAAUUUCAUCACUAUCGGUUUCACUGAAUGCUCCUUUGCUUUGGUGAUAAUGGGCUAUGGGAUGCUUUUCGCAAUAAUUAUAUUUGUGCUCGAGUUGUUGUGGUACAAGAAACAAAAUGCACUUGCAACGUCACACAUCAAAGAAGACACAUCAAAUGUAGGAACUAUCGCUUAUAUAGCGAUCAGAAUGUUUUCUAUGAUAUUGUGUAUCCUUAUAUUGUCUUUCGAUAAUGGCAUGAUCGCAUUUUCUCAUCAGAUCGACGAUAUUAUUCUAAAAUUUAUCAUCGAUACAAAGCCAAUUUUAUUCCCUCCGUCGAGGGUAUCUUUACACUUGUGCAUCAGCUAUGAUGACACAAUUAAAUUAUCCAGGAAACUGUCGAGUCUGCAUCUAAUGCAUGGCAUUCAUAAUAUUAUCCCAGAUUUCGACCGAAGAAUUUACGAUGACCUGGAACAUCAAAAUCUGUACGUGUUGGACCUGGAUUGCAAUUACGCCAUUGAAAUUUUACAGCAGGUGAAUUUGAAUAGAAUGUUCGUCGCCCCAAUGAAAUGGCUACUCCUUCAAGAUCGAAAAACGCGAAUCGACAAUGAUGAUAAUGCCAACUUAACAUUUACAUAUGAUAAUUCGAUUUUGGAAGUUUUCGAAGAUUUAGCCGUUUAUCCUGAUAGUGAUGUGAUUCUCGCAACAAGAUUAGACGGUGAUUUUUUCCAACUCACAUCUGUAUAUCGGCCAAGCCCACAACGAGGAGUGAUAUCGGAAGAUCGUGGAAAUUGGACGAACGAAAAUGGUCUACAAAUAAAAACUUUCGAUGUGGCUUCAGCACGUAGAAGAAAUCUUCAACAAACGGCUCUUAAAUCUGUUCUCGUGAUAAUGCAUCCCGAUAGUGUAAAUCAUUUGGAUGAUUAUAAGUAUAAAACUAUAGAUCCACUUCCGAAAAUUGGUUAUAUCUGGGUAAACCAUAUAAUAAAUCGAAUGAAUGCAACAGUAAAUUUUACAUUUGUGAACACCUGGGGAGAAACUAAACUUCCAAAUGGAUCUUGGAUCGGAAUGGUCGGAAUGUUAAUUCGACAUGAGAUUGAUAUUGGUGGUACUGUUAUGUUUAUCUUGAAGGAUCUUUUGAAUGAAGUCGAUUAUUUGCCACUACUAGCGCAUGUUAAGACGGCAUUCGUAUUUCGACAACCAUUAUUAUCGUCCGUAAAAAAUAUCUUCAUCUUACCCUUUGAAAAAAAAGUUUGGAUAGCAAUCGCCAUAUUCCUCCUUGUCGUCUUUCUCUUAUUAUAUUUAUCUAUGAAAUGGGAAUAUAAUCGAAAUAUGAUGAACAAAUUGUUACCCUCGUUUAAACAAACAAAUAUCGGCGAUCCAACGCUCGGCGAUGAUGCUUUAAUUCUUUUAGGCGCUUUUGCUCAACAAGGUUAUGCAUACGAGCCAUUCAAAAUUUCAACUCGAAUCAUCACUCUCAUGUUACUACUAGCCUCGCUACUUCUUUACGCGGCUUAUACAGCGAAUAUUGUAGCUCUAUUGCAGUCUCCUGCGGAUUCUAUUCAAACUCUCUCCGAUCUCUUGCAUAGUCCGUUAACUCUCGCUGCGGAAGACGUCAUAUACGCUCAUAAUAUGUUCAAGACUUAUAAAGAUCCCAUUAGAAAAGCGAUCGUGGAAGAGAAAAUCGAGCCGAAAGGAUAUAAAUCUAAUUGGAUGCACGCAGGAGAAGCUGUAAGACGAAUAAAAAAUGAACCUUUCGCAUUUCACGGUUUCACAAGUAGGAUGUAUAGAACCAUGCAAAACAUAUAUCAAGAAGAUGAAAAAUGCGGUUUAACUGAGAUCGAUUUUCUCAACACAAUAAUGCCACAUCUUACAUUACCAAAACAGUCUCCCUAUUUGGAGAUAAUAAGAAAUGGAGCUUUGAAAUUACUAGAAUACGGACUCAAACAACGGGAUGAACAUCUUUUCUUCACAAAAAAACCAGAGUGCUCGAAUCAGGCCAGUUACAUCAGUAUUGGUUUUACAGAAUGCCACUUUGCGAUAGUUGCAAUGGGUUCUGGAGUGCUCCUUAGCUUGAUUGUGUUUGUACUAGAAUGGCUGUGGUAUAAAAUACGAGAUAAGAAUACAAUCCAAGAAACGAUUCCAACUGUAAUAGAAAAAAAAGAUCUCGAAAUCGAAUAUAUUGAUUAGAUUGUUACAAAAAUCGUUCCAAAUAGUAUUCGGAAGUAUAAGACCACAAACUUUAAUAUAUUAUAUUUAGGUCGGACACAUACACACACAC